AUGUUGCAGUCAAAACUUAAGGACUGGUGGGGGAAGAGGAGGACUGGGAUGUCAAACAAAAUUUGCAUUUCAAUCAAUAUAUAUCACGGGAUUAACCGACCAAAACUGGGCGAAAAGUGUAUACACCGUAACGCCUCGGCUCUGGACACACUAUUACCUUGUGGUCAGCACCAAGUCUGUAGCCCAGCCUACGGUGUCUGCCAGUGUCAGCCCAAAUACAGGCCAGAAAAACGCAAAUGCGUGGCCGAAGAGCCGGACCUGGAGGCCAGCGGUGGGGCCCAACCCUUGAUCACGCACUCAUCGCAUAGCCAUCAUAGCCCACGACCGACACCAUCGCCACCCCCACCGCCGCCGCCCAUACAUAACGGUGGGUCCGAUGGAGGCGGGGUUCAAGUACUGCCCACAAUGACCAACGACGAGGGGGCCAACAAACCGGCGCCCACUAAAACUGCCGGCGGGUCCAAAGCGCUGGUCAUAUUCCUGCUGAUCGUCGCCAUACUGUUAUGCAUAGCGUUAGCCGUUGUUAUCAUUUGGAGUUACAGCCGUAAUAGGAGUCGUGACAUCUCAGCAGUCGCUUCGUAAAUGAUUUAAUUAAUUAAAUAAAUAUUUUAUUAUGACAUUAAACAUGUUAUUAUACAAACC